CGGCCGUUCCGCGUCCUCGGCGUGCAGCAGAUCGCCAUCGGCGGGCCGUCGAAGAAGGCGCUCGGCGGGCUCUGGCACGAGCUGCUCGGCAUCACGAAGCUCGGCGAGCACACGUCGUCCGUCGACAACGUCGCCCAGGACGUGCUGAGCGUCGGCCCGCGGCCCUUCAACGUCGAGAUCGACCUCAUGCAGCCUCUGGACGCGUCCGCGAAGCCGAACCCCGCGGCGCCGGCGUUGCAUCACGUCGGCCUCUGGGUCGACAAGCUGCCCGAGGCCGUCGCCUACCUGGAGGCGCGGGGCGUCGACUUCGUCGGCGGGGAGAACGCCGUGCGCCGCGGCGCGGCGAACUGCGACAUCGCGUUCAUCCACCCCAAGGGCGGCGGCCAGGGCGUGCUCGUCGAGCUCGUCCAGGCGCCGCCGGCCGUG